AUGGAUGACACAAUUGAGAGGAGGCUGAUACGAAAAUUGAUCGGUGACACGUUUCGGAUGAACGCACUCAUGUUGAAGAAGGAUGCUCAAGAAUUCUGCAUCGACACACUCGAGAGAGUUGAGGAAGAUAAACGACGCAAAUGGAUGGAGCGCAUCAUCGAGACGAUACGGAAACAGAAUUUAACAUCUGAUUGUGUAACGCUGGACGACUUCCAGAAUAUAAUCAAACAAGUUGUCACUUCAAAAUCGGAAAAAGCAACCGCUUUGAUCAAGAUCUUUGAUGCCUUUACACUGCCGUAUAUGGAAUUUUGUACAGAGAAAAAGCAUAUGUUAGUGAAGGAAAGGAAAACUGGUGGAGGAGUCGAGAGAAUGACAGCCGUUUUCCGGCAACGAUUUCUUCAAAUUCAACAGCGGAUAUCCCGACUAAAUGUUUUUGAUGGGAUCAAAUUUACAACUGUCGAGGGAUUACUGGCUGUUUCUCACCGCAUUGAUGAAGCCGUUGUUUUGGGAAUGCUCACGCAACAAAAAGCGAAUACAUGGCACAUUGAGGACUUAACAGGAUCUGUACAAGUCGAAUUCACGCCCGAUACCAAAUUUCAUGCCGGUAUUUUCUGCGAGGGCGCUGCAAUGAUUUUUGAGGGUUUCUAUCAAGCAUUGCUGUUCACAGUGACUGGGGUAGGAAUGGUGCCACCAGAAAGUGCAGAGCAAACGAGAAAAGCUUGUGGAAACACGAAUUGGUUCGGUGGAGAAGAGAAGUUAUGUUUCAGGGCAAAUCCUAAGUUGAUCAAACUUGGCAGUUUGCACCAAGAUGCGUCUAUUGUUGUGUUGAGUGAUGUACACCUUGACGAUCCUUUGGUGUUGGCUUGUUUGCGACAUCUUUUUACGGGAUUUAUUUCGGCUCCACCGGCAGCUUUUGUCUUUUGUGGAAAUUUUUGUUCCCGAUCUCGUCAACCAGACACUAUGCAACUACUUGAUAAAGGAUUUAGGCGAUUAUCGGACGCGAUCAAUGAGUAUGCAACUUACUACGCAAAUUCUCAUUUCAUUUUUGUGCCUGGCCCCGAUGAUCCUUCAUCUCAAUAUGUACUUCCUCGUCCUCAUUUGCCUGUUUCUCUAUUUCGUUAUAUGCAAAAAGUUCCAAACUGCUCAUUCGGUUCCAAUCCUGUACGGAUUCAAUUUGCUUCAUCGGAAAUAAUCGUUUUUCGAGAAGAUGUCAUCGAAAAAAUGUGCCGACAUGCGAUUCGAGUGCCGAGUGAUUCAAAGGAAGUUUGGUCGGCUGCCGUGCACACAAUAUUGAGCCAAGCUCAUCUCUCGCCGUUGCCUAUGCAUAUUGCACCGGUACUAUGGAAUUACGAUGAUGCCUUAAGAUUACAACCACUUCCAGACAAUCUCAUCAUAGCCGACAAAUUUGAAUCAUUCAGCAAAACUGUCAAAGAUUGCAAAGUGGUCAACCCGGGAUCGUUUUAUCGCACACCACAUGAAUUUAUGGUCGUUUAUCCCCUCAAAGAUUUGGUCGAACCAUCUCACCUUGGAAAGGUUCGAACCGAAGAUAACAGUUUG